GAAUGGUCCUGGAAGAGCCACUCUUUCCAUCUCUAAUGUGACAACAGAAGAUUCUGGACAGUACAUGUGCAUCGCAAAACAUCUGAACAACACCCUGAAGAAAAGCAUUGAUGUCAAAGUGAUGUACCUGAGGAAACCUGGGAUCACUGGGAAAACAAGUGUAAAGGAGGGAGAUGUUCUGAAUCUGACCUGCAGUGCUGAAAGUUUUCCACCGUCUCAUGUCAUGUGGACUAAACUCGGUUCCAACAAAACUCUGCACAAUGUCAGUGAGAACAGCACGAGACCAGCCACACUUUUUAUCCCUAACAUGACAGCAGAACAUUCUGGGCAGUACAUGUGUACAGGAAAAACCCUGGACAUGACUGUGACUGUACAUGUUGAUGUCACUGUGACUUGGAUUUCAAAGAUUCAAAAUGUCUCUGGAUGUGAGGCUCAGUCAAACGUCCUGACCUGUGUGUGUAUCAGUGAGGGGGUUCCCUUACCCACCAUCAAAUGGCCACUGUUGAAGAACCACACUGAAUACUCCGUCAUUACCACCGUGUCAAACCACACAGUCAACAGCACAGUCGUCCUAACUGUAAAAGACCACAGUAACAUAUUUGUUGAGUGUGUCAGCAGCAAUGAUAAUGAAGAAGCAAAAGAAAACCUCACCAUCCGAGAAAAACAGUCAAAAGGAGACGAUCAAGCCAAAACAUUUGUAGCAAUAAUUUCACGGUGGGACAUCAUCACUGCCUUUUUGAUCGGUAUUCUUCUUUCAACAAUCGUCUGCUGUUUGACAACAAAAUGCCACAGAAGAAAACCGAAGAGCUCUGGAAAUCUGGAUGAAACUCUGGAGAUGAUGAGCAGUCAUGCAGAUCUGGUAUUUAUAUCAAUAUUAUAUCAAAUAUUAUAUUGUGUACAUUUGUAUUGGUUUUCUUCAGAACUGUCUCCAAUGUUUAAUGUAUCAAUAGCUUCAACAAAUACUUGUCUGAGUCAGAAGCCCCCAGAAUGUCAGCAGGCCACAUUGUCCUGCACUGCUCCUGGUCUCUGUUCUGGGUCUGAUCCUACCAUCACCUGGAUGUGGAGAGGAGCAGGAGAGAACACACACCUCACAGCUGAACACCACGACACAGACCUCCCCUGUAAGGUCAGCUUCACAGGCAGCGGGACUACAAAGCAGACAGUGACUCUGAAUGUGACCUAUGUGAAGAAACCUGGAAACACUGGAAACAUAACUGUUCAGGAGGGUGAUGCUCUAAAUCUGACCUGCAUUGUUAAAAGUGUUCCUCCGUUUAACAUCACGUGGACUAAACCUGGCUCCAAUGAGACUCUGCAAAACAUAACCUCAUUCAACCUGCAGAAUGGUCCUAGAGGAGCUACUCUUUUCAUCCCUAAUGUGACAGCAAAACAUUCUGGACAGUACAUCUGUACAGCAAAACACCUGAACAUAACUCAGACUAUACAUGCUAACAUAACUGUGAGAUUUCCUCCAAAGAUCCUAAAUGGUUCUGAAUGUGUGAGGCAGUCGGAGGUCCUGACCUGUGUGUGCGUCAGUGAGGGGGUUCCCUUACCCACCAUCAAAUACCACACUGAAUACUCCGUCCUUACAACUGUUACAAACCACACAGUCAACAGUCGAGUCAGUUUUUCUGUGACAGCUCAUAGCAACACCACUGUAACGUGUGUCAGCAACAGUGAAACAGGGGAAGCAAACGGGAACUCAGAUACUCUUCUCACAAAAGUGUUAAAGAUUGUGCAAGAACCAAAAGUCAUCAUUGCAUUUUUCACUGGGAUGCUUCUUUCAGCCAUCGUCUGCUGUUUGGCAACAUGCCACAGAUGUAGAAGACAUAACGUCUCUGAAAAUCUGGCUGAGACCUUGGAGAUGGUGUCCACUCAAGUUCCUCUGAUCAAUGGUGGUGAGGCAGCGGAAGGCGAUUGGACCUAUGACCAAGAGGCAGCUGCAGGAGGAGCUGAGGCUGCUGGGCAGUCAGCACCUGAUGGAGAUGUGGAACCAAAAGAAGUGGAGUACUCUAACCUUGACUUCUCUGUGUUGAAAAGAAAGGGUUCCACUGAGGUCAUUGACACUCAAGAAGCCACAGAAUCAGAGUAUGCUGAAAUUAAAAAAGAAGCAACAGAGGAGAGGCAAGAUGACGGUGGAGAGGAUGGUGAAAUUCUGAACGGCAACAAGGAGGCAAUGGUAGUGGAGGAUAAGGAGAGAGAGCAGUGUAUGCCAGCAGAGGAGCACGGAGGUGAGGAUGCAGCGCUGUAUUCUAAUGUGAAUGAAGUAAUGGAUCAGUACUGAGAACUGUGGAGCUUGGUGGAGUCACUCAAGGAUCUUCAGAUGUGAUAUCAUCAUCAUCAUCAUCAUCAUCAUCAUCAUCAUCAUCAUCAUCCUUUAUUAGCAGACUCAAGGUCCAUUAAAAAAAAAGAAAUAAAAGAAAGGAUAUAAACGAAGAAAAAUGUGGACAUUGUGUGUUUAUGAGGCUGCUGAUGCUGGCAGAAAAGAAAGUAUGUAUGUAAUGAUACAUUAAGACGGACAAACGUUAGGCAGAUGUGCAUUUAAAAGGGUCUGAGCAGAAAGGAUAUACAGUAGGACUGGAUGGCAGUAAAACAAAAAUAUUUUUACGUGUGUCACAGAAAUCUUUGUAUACAAGCAAGCUUUGUCUAUCACAGGAUUCAUUUCUGCUGUAUUAUGAAGAAUUAACAGCUUUAUGUUCAGUAGCAGUUUAGAUUUAUUAUGAAAGAAAUAAACGCAGCUAAAA